GUUAAGAUCAUGGCGUCGAGUACGAGCGAGCCCUCGGAGGAUGCCGAAACCCCCCGUCGCUCCCACCAUGGCGCCAAUCGCGUCGGGCAUAAGUACGAGCUUGUUGGGAGAGACGCUCUUACAAUCAUCCUUGAUGACGGUCGGCGCAGCUACAAGAGGCGUUCCGCGCUAGCCUACACGUUUUCUAGGCUCGAGCUCGUCAGCCACGGCCAUGCCCCUGCUAGUCAUCGCAAUACCGACCCGCGGAGGAGUCCAACGGGCUCGCUGCGGUAUGGCGCCUAACGACGCCUCCUCAUCGAGCAUUCCUCCUCUCCAUGCCCUUCCUGGCCAUCGCCGAGUUCGUGUUCCUCAUCCGCCAAGUCCAGUUCGAUUUCUUUCCGGGCCGUGGAUAGCUUCACCUGGGACCGCGACCUCCGCGAGCACUGUCCGUCCCUCGUCGGCGCACUUGACCUCGCCUACGUCCUCGCGUGGUGCGCGCUCCUCGCGCCGUUUGCGUACAUCGUCCCCCUUGCCCGGAUCACGCCCGAUGGCAUACCCGCCUGGCACAGGCUUCUUGCACUCACGAAUGUCCUCUUGUGUGCACUCAGUUUCUCUCUCCCCAAAUCUGUGUUCACUCUCACGCCGCGGUGCUCCUUCAUUCUUCUUCUACCGUGCUUACUCUGGAUGAUCGUCAGCCCAUGGGUGACGGUAUCCACGAAUCUUCGCCAAGAUCGCCAUCGGACAUACGGUGAUUUCCGCGCUCAAAUCUAUCUCUGCGCCGCAGCCUGGACGCAUUGGUGAGUCUCGUCUUCCUCAUCUUCUAUCUUUUCCCCUUGAUCAGCUUCGUCUUCUCUUCCGAUCACGGUGUCCAUCACGCCUUUGCUAUCGGCACUGAAGCCGCAUUCGCCCGUCGCCGACAUCGACUCAGACAGGCAGCGCCUCC